CUGUGCAUCUUCCAUCCAAUCCAGACGUCUUUUUCCACUUAGUAUUUCUGUCAUUUAACAUUAUACAUAUUUUAUGUACAAUUGCAGUUAUGUGGUAAUUUUAAAUUUAUUUUCUCGAUAAAACAUGAUCUUAUCGUAUAACAUUACAGUGUGUGUGUCUUAAUAUCAAAUUGCUGCCUAAACAGAUAUACACAAAACAAUGGAUUCGAAAUCAUUCAAGCGGUUAAAAUAAGUGAAAAUGCAUAUAAACGUUUAGUAUGGAUACAUUGCACGUUGGACAUGGACACAGUAAGGGAUCCAGUAGGAGUCAGUCCCCGUCUACAGUGGAUCUGGCUAGAGAUCCCGCCUUGACUGAUGAUGCGUUGAUACGAUCGAGGGUCCAGUCACCGUCCACGGUGCAUCAUGUCAAUGAUUCAUCGUCCCGUCACGGAGAGCCUCGUUCUCAUCACGUAAAGUCACAUUCCAGGGAUCUCGGUACCAGCCCCCUUUCUGCUAACACAACCGGAAACACGUCACGAGAAUUAGAAGAUUCGCCGCAAAAGAAGAAUAUUUCGAAUAUAAUCCCCGGAGACUAUGUCACCGCCGUGUACAGCCCUAAUGUGUCAUAUGCCCUUUCCGCUGAUGAAUAUGGCUCACCGGCUUACAGAGGUCAAGAUGGGGAUUAUUUAACGCAAGGAUCGGAAGAUAGUGAAGGCAAUGUGGCGUCUGCUAAGGCACAGGCUGCCAUUGCGCAUCUCAACAGCAAGAUCGAAAGAACGAAGGAUCUUAUACGGCUCGAACAGACUAUAAGAGAUGAUAAUGUAAACGAGUACCUGAAGUUAGCAGCGAAUGCAGAUAAGCAACAGUUGCAGCGGAUCAAGGCUGUGUUUGAGAAGAAAAACCAGAAGAGCGCCCUCUGUAUUGUACAAUUGCAAAAGAAACUCGAGGGAUAUAACAAACGGAUUAAAAACUGGGAGCAACAUGGUACAAGCGGACAAUCACACAGACAACCACGGGAAGUGUUACGGGAUAUGGGGCAAGGGCUUAAAAAUGUGGGCGGUAAUAUACGCGACGGAAUCACUGGUUUGGGCGGAAGCGUGAUGGCGGCGCCAAGGGAAUUCGCCCACCUUUUCUCACGCUCCAACCGCUUCGGAUCCGCUGAUAACAUCGCGCAUCUGGCCGAAAACACGGGUCCCUCGCCCCAGCACACGGAAUUACGAGCGAACGCGUCAUCGGAAGGGUCACGCACAUCCGAAGCGGGCGAGAACGCACCACGCGGGUCUACUCUGCCCCGCGCCGCUACCUCCCCAGCGCCCAAGUACUCACCCGAUGCCUCGCCUAGUUCAUCGGUUACUAGUGAGGGAGCACCAUAUCCAGCGCAAGCGGGCGCAAACAACAUGUCGGAAGCAACAUUUAGCCUUAAGCCAAUACUCAAUGAACUGCGCGAGCGCAGGGAAGACUACCAGAGGUUAGCUGAGAAAAUAGAUGCAUUAAAGAACUUAACGCAAGAAGUAUCGUUUCUUUCUGCUGCGCUGCAAGAAGAAAGGUUUAAGACGGAGAGGCUUGAAGAACAAAUCAACGACUUAACUGAAUUGCACCAAAAUGAGGUGGAAAAUUUAAAGCAAGCACUGACGGAUGUAGAAGAAAAAGUGCAGUAUCAGAGCGAAGAGCGGAUACGAGAUAUACACGAAGCAUUAGACCUCUGUCAAACUAAGAUCAGCAAGCUGGAGCAAUGGAUGGCGGGUGGGGGCGCGGGAGGAGUAGGUAGCGGGGGUGGUGAGGCGGGGGGAGCGGCGUUGCCCCCGCGGGUGGUGGUGGUGAAGCUGCUCAACGUGGCGCUCACGCUGUUGCAGCUGGCUCUGUUGCUGGUGGCUACGGUCGCGGGCGUGGCUAUGCCCUUCUUGAGGACCAGGGUCCGAGUCCUUACAACGAGUCUUGUGGUGAUGGUAGGCGUUAUGGUCCUAAAGCAAUGGCCGGAAGUGACGCAACUUUCAGAACACCUCGUGCGGCGGCUCAAAGAGUAUCUACUUGACAAACAUCACGACAGGUAUGAAUGUCGGUCGUUGUGUGGUUGAUUUUUCGGCGAUAUUGCAAUUCUGUCUGGACUGAUCAUCGUGGUGAUUUGCUAUAUUUGUGAUUGAAUUGCAAAUAAACCGUUGUUUAUAUUGAUGGAAAUACUGUAAUCCAACAUUAGGGACUAUGUGAUAUUUUGUGGAUGGAGUUCUGAGGGAGUUUUGUACGUGGAGUGGACAAAUUUGAUUCUUGUGAACGCUAUUUGAGACGCAAUUUCAUUUUUGUUUAAGAUCUUGGAAUCCCGUUAAUGGAGAACACGAUUUUCUUUUAUAUUGUUUCGUCAAUAAUCAAACCCGUGACUGUCAGUUAUAAUAACGCCUCAAAUAGUUAUCACAUUCAUUAAAUUUGUUCCUUAAAUAUUCAUUGAAGGGUUAUUAUCUGAAAUGUUAGCUACUUGUGAUUUCUUACAAAAGCUUUACUUAUUGAACGAAAAUUAUUUAUUGGAAUUAUGUUGCGUAAAUUAGUACAAUUAAAGUCGGCUCGUGCUGAAAUUCUGUAUAUAUCCCCAAUGUUCCCCAAGUUAUUUCAGUGCGGGGUCGAUUAUAAAUUUAUAUUAAUGUUGAUAUGGUAGACCCAUUGGAUAUUUGAAUAUUUAAUCAGAGGUUUCAAUUAUAGAUGAGGUGAUUAAAUGCGAGUGUGCACUUGAUUGAUGCAAUUUCGAAAUUCUAAGAAUAUACUUUGCCUUUAUAAAACUAAUGUGUCGGUAUGAUAGAGAGGGAACGAUUAUAAUACAGUGAACGAGAGCGGGAUGCAAUAUUUGUUCAUCUCUUUAUGCACUGCUAUUAGUAUUUUUGUAUGAAAACCUUGCCAUUGUUACGCACCGAACUUUUUCCAUAUAAAUUGUGUGUAAAGUCAACAAAUAGAGUACAUCUAUGAUUGAAAUCUCCGUAUUAAGCCUGAAAUUUGAAUUAAAUUUUUUUUGACGAAUAUGUCGAUACUUUAUUUGAAAAGUUGAAAUUGUAUUAAGCAAUAAUUAGUUUAAAUGAAUUCACGAACUAGGUCAAAAUUGUAUAUUUAUCGUAUAAUUAAUAAACAUUCCAAAUUACCGAUUGACGUAGAACAAACGUUUAAAAGGGGGAAUAAUUUUGUAAAUUAUGUACAUAUUUUGUGCACGGAUGGUUAUUUUUAUAUCGUUAAUACGUUUAUUUCUACAUUUGUUUGGUAACUUGGUGCAUACGAUACUGGUUCCUAUAUUUUACGGAUACGGAUGUCUUGUAACGUAUGGGAACUGGGUUGUAAUUUAUUGUUGCUAGAAUGGGUAUGGAUGUAAUUUUAAUAAUUUGAGCUCUCAAUUAAUAAUGUACAAUUGACCAGUUUUUGUUUAUGCCUAUGGAUGGAAUUAAAUCAUCACAAUUUUA